UGGAGUUCUCCUUUCUUGUCGAGCCACCAGGCUUUUCUGCUCAAAUCAGAGCUCAAAAUGGCUUCCAAUCUUCCGAAAAUCCAUCUCCAAACCCUUAAAACUGCAAAGCCAUCAAUUUCAUUUCCACUCUCCAAAACCCACUUCUCACAUCUCCCAUUCUAUUCAAACCAACGCCGCCUCCACCAACACCACUCCCAUUCCCAUGUCUCAUUCUAUCCUCCAAUUCUGCCCUACAAACCCAUAUCCAUCCAGUCCUCCAUAUCCUCUUCCACCCCACCCACCUCCAAAGAAGAAGCCGUACUCCAGGCCAAAACCUGCCUUUCAUCCACCUUAGAAAAGCCCCUCAACAACCCAAAGCUCGUCGGAAAACUCAAGAAACUAAAGCAGCCCAGGUUCCGAGUUGAAAUUCCGGUCAUCGACGACUCACCUGCAUCGCUGUCCCAGCUCGCGUCCGAUGUCUUCCAAGACUUACCCAUUAAGAGAAAAGGCUCUCCUGUCAAGGUGCUAUUCCUAUGGCCUAACCUUACCUCAAGAGAAGCUGCUAUGGAAGCCUGGUCGUCUACCCAUAUUGAGCAUAUGGACAUUUCUUCGGUGGUUACCAAUGGUGACACCAGAAUUUUGAACUCCGCUGAGGUGGCAAUCUUUUUGGCGCCAGAGACUUCACAGUUGACAGUCAUAAAAGCCGUUACUGACAGUUUGUAUCCAAAGCCUGUGGUGAUUUUCAACCCCAAAUGGACGUUUGAGGAGGAGAGCGAUUUUGGUGAACUGGGUGGCUUCGUGGGAUCGUUUGAAGUGAUUUAUUCGUUCAUGGGGUUGGAGGUUAGAGGGGUUUUGAGCAGGAGGAAGGGAGUGAUUUUCAAGUGUGUAAGAGAUGGGGUUGUGAGCGGUGAGAGAUGGGCUGUUCUUGUUGAAGAAGAAGGAGGAGGAUUGAAAGUGAUCUCCAGGUUCAAGACGCGGCCAUCGAUCGCCGAAGUUGAGAAUGUGCUGUAUAAUUUGAUGGCAGUCAAUUCACCUAUUACGAAGUCUGCCAAGUUCUUGAGGGAUUUCGUGUCAAAUAUGACCGGAAAAAAAGUAAGUUAAACUACUGAGAUUUGAUUAUGAUUUAUGAAUGGAGACCCUUGAGAAGCUGUUUGCUGAAUUGCCUGAAUGGAUGCAGUUGUACUCCGGAUGUGUUUUUAAGUAUGUGCUAUAUCGAAUCCUCUCCUUGUUAUCUGACAAAACUUGGAUUGGCUUUUUGAGAAUAGAGUUGUGGGAUCAUAUUUUUUAGUAAUCAGUGUCUUUUGCCUC